GUGUUCAUUUCUUUGGGUCGUCGGUCACAACUCACAAGUCUUUGUCUUCAUUUUCAACUUUACCUUCUGAAAUGAAAUACAGAAGAACAGCGCUGUGUCUGUGUGUGUUGACUUGCACGAUAGAAGAUCAGAUUUGAAGACUAAAUGCUAGGUAUAUCUUCACAAUGCCAUAUUCAAAAUAAUGGAAAAGAAAAUUGCAAUUCACAGUGUAAUUUUGAAUUUCAUUACAACUUGCGGGUGAGAAUCAAGUGGAGUACCCUGCACUUCCGUCUCCUUCAAGGAAAGAAGAGAGAAAGGGAGCGAUGGCUGAUCCUGCUGUUGGUUUUCUCUUGGAGAACCUGAAGCAGCUACUAGUCUAUAAUGUUGAUUUGAUUUCAGGAGUGAAGAAACAAGUUGAAUCUCUUUGCACUGAUUUUGAUUUGAUGCAAGCCUUCCUCAAGGACUCCAACGAGAAGCGGAGUGAGUACGAAACUCUGAGAGUGUUGGUGAGGAAAAUCAGAGAUGUGGCUUAUGAAGCGGAAGACAUCAUUGACACAUUCGUGGUUAACGCUGCUGUGCAGAAGGCAAGAAGCACCAUGGGGAAAAUCGUUCAUGCUGUCGAUUAUACAUUAACACUUCGCAGUGUCGCAAAAGAUAUUGAAGAGAUCAAGGCAAAGGUGAAGGAGAUCUAUGAUCAUAAGAUUUUUGGCAUUGAAGUCCUUCAAAGUUCGGAGCCUUCCAAAAAAGGCUCAUCAAAAAGAAAAGCUCCUGUUGUUGAGGAACAUAAUGUGGUGGGCUUUGAUGACGAGGCAAAGAUGGUAAUAGAACGACUCACUGAAGGACCACAGGAUCUAGAAGUUGUCUCAGUUGUAGGCAUGGGUGGCCUGGGAAAGACUACUCUGGCCAGAAAAGUAUACACUGAUCCUUCCAUUGAAUAUCACUUUUGUGUCCGAGCAUGGACUUAUGUGUCUCAAGUAUAUGAUAGAAGGGAAAUAUUUCUUGGCAUUUUAAAUUCUCUUAACCUGCUGACAGACCAAAUGUAUAAAAUGAAUGAUGAAAGGUUACGUGAAGAACUAUGCACACAAUUAAAGAAUGGGAAAUUUCUUAUUGUCAUUGAUGAUGUCUGGACCAAAGAGGCAUGGGAGGAUCUCAAAACGGCUUUUCCAAAUUCCAAUAACGGAAGCAGAAUAUUGUUGACAAGCCGAAUUACAGAAGUUGCUUUGCGUGCUAACCACAUCAGUCCUCCUCACUAUCUGCGUUUUCUUACUGAUGAUGAAAGUUGGGAGCUACUUUGUAGAAAGGUUUUUCAGAGAGGAAGCUGCCCUUCAGAGCUGGAGGAUCUUGGGAAAAAGAUUGCAAAAAAAUGUUACGGACUACCACUUGCAAUUGUGGUAGUUGCAGGUCUUCUUUCAAUACGGAAAGACAAAACACGUGAUUGGUGGAAUAGAGUGGCAGAAAGUGUGAGUCGUUAUGCUGCUAAAGACCCAGAAGGUUGCAUGGAGGUGUUAGCACUUAGUUACAAGCACUUACCUCAUCAUUUGAGAGUCUGUUUCAUUUAUUUUGGAAUAUUCCCUGAAGACUUUGAGAUCCCUGUGUGGAAAUUGCUCCAUUUAUGGGUUGCAGAGGGGCUCGUACAGCAAAAAGAGCAAGAAUGGUUGGAGGAUACCGCAGAAGAGUACCUGGAGUAUCUGGUUGAUAGAAAUUUGGUACUAGUGGAGAAACGGAGGUUAAAUGGUCGAAUUAAGACAUGUCGCAUUCAUGAUAUGUUGCGUGACUUGUGCUUGAGAGAAGCCACAGAAGAGAAUUUUUUGAAGGAAAUUAAAGGGAAUGUACAAAGUCCUUCUUUGACACCAGAUCCAAAUCACCCUCGUCGCCUUUGUAUCCAUUCCCAAGUUUUGGACUAUAUUUCUUUAAAGCCUUCUGGUCCCCGUGUUCGAUCUUUCUUGUGUUUUGCCUCAGAAGAGAGGGAAUUACCCCGAGAAUAUACACCAUUCAUCCAUGAAGCUUUUAAAUUGAUUAGAGUGUUGGAUAUAAGGUCCGUCAGUCUCUCCCGCUUUCCCAGUGAGAUAAUACAAUUAGUUCAUUUGCGCUAUAUAGCCCUUUUUGGUAAAUUUAAGGUUGUUCCUUCAACAAUCUCCAAUCUUUGGAACCUACAGACUCUCAUUGUUGAAACAACAUCUCGAGACCUUGACAUUCAAGCAGACAUAUGGAAAAUGUUGUGGUUUAGGCAUCUAUAUACAAGUGGAUCGAGUCGUUUACACGGGCCUCCUGCCAAAACCCGAAAGGACAUGGUAAGGAGAAACAUACAGACCAUUUCUACAGUUUCACCUGAUAGCUGUACGGAUAUUAUCUUAGCCAGGACUCCUAAUCUAAAGAAACUCGGGAUCCGUGGGAAGUUAGUUGCACUUAUGGAGGAAAAGGCAGGGUCAAGUAUGUUUGAUAAUCUUUCCAAAUUAGAUCAACUUGAAACAUUGAAGUUGUUGAAUGACACAUUCCCUCGUCCUCCUCUUGAAGGUAAGCUUUCAGGCCUUCCUCAGUGGUACAAAUUCCCACGAAACCUGAAGAAGCUAACUUUAUCAGAUACCUUUCUUGACUGGGAGCACAUGUCUAUGCUGGGAAAGUUACCCAAUCUUGAGGUGCUAAAAUUGAAAGAUUUUGCAUUCAAGGGACAGCGGUGGGUGCCACUUCAUGGUGGUUUUCGUCUUUUGAAAGUGUUGCAGCUUGGGAGGACAGAUUUAGUGCAUUGGGAGGCUUCAGGUCAUCACUUCCCUAGACUUCAACGAAUCAUUCUUAGACACUGCAUAAACCUAGAGGCAAUCCCUUUUGGCCUGGCAGAUGUAUCUGCACUCCAGAUUAUGGAGCUGUAUUGCACCAGCUCUUCUGCUGCAAUGUCUGCGAGGUUCAUUCAGCAAGAACGAAAAGAAAAGCAACAAGAGCAGGGCAUCAUAAACAAUGAGCUUAAGCUCCUCAUAUAUCCUCCAGAUUGGUGAUCACGACUUCAUGUCACGUUUGUGAUUGGGAGAUGGUGCAACUAAUAAAGUUAAGAAGCUGGGCCAAAUGGCCAUCUCUAGAUCCACAUAUGCGGACUUCUUAUGGUAUCUUUUUUAUACAUAUAUUUAUGUUUGUUGCAACAGCUAAGGCAUUCUGGCUUCUUGCUGUUCCUGUUGUUUUUGUAAUUGUUUGGUAAAAUGCUAACUAUGAGAUUUGUACCCUUCAUUAUCUUAGCAGUUCGGCAACAUUCUUUUUGUACUUGCUGUUAUUGUGCUUAUUGUUUGGGAACAAUGCUAUUAUGAGGCUUGCAAUUACUUAUCUUUGGGAAUGAUACUGUGUACUAGAGGGAUUUUGAGACAUGCGUGAAGUGGCUUCUUUUCAACUCAAACUUGUGAUCUCAUGCUUACUAGUCCGAGCUUUUACCAGCGCAUCAAGCAAUGAUCUCUAUUCUGUAACUAAGUGGAAAAUGAAACUAUGUUUUCUUCAAUUUUGCCUACUUUGUCUUGACUGGUGGAAUGGUCAGAGAGUGAAUGGAAGAAAGUAUGUGGAUUGGCUUGCUUUAUUUGAUUUUAUAUUUGGUAAGCAAAAAUUUUAUUUUAUUUUCAA